AUGUCCACUCGCUACCUCUCGAUCCCUGCCCGCCUCCUCCAUCGUCGUCUCAAUCGCGUCGGAAUCGUCGGCCGUCAAUUGUUCGUCCACCCGAAUUCCGACACCUCCAUCGAAAUCUGGCAGGUCGACUCGAUUUUUCCCGACUCGUGGCAAUGUUUGCUGAAUCUACCGGCGGCUACAGUAAUCUACAGUAUUCCCGCGUUCUCCUACGAUCUACCGUAUAUUUUGGUGUUUUUUGGCGGCGUUUUGGAGGAGGAAGACAAUUUCGAGAUUUUGAUUUAUCGAUUGAAUUAUGAGACGAAAGAGGUCAAGAAGUUCAGGUACGGUAGGAGUACUGUAGAUUUUGAAAAUCAUCUGGGUUACUGUAGAAGCUGAGGGUUACUGUAAUGUCUAAUCUUCCAAAAAAUAUUCCAACUUUUUUAAACGAAAAUUUGGUAGAUCAAAACAAUUUUCUACAGUAACCCCUUUCAUUACUGUAGUUCUUGUCUACAGUGUCUGAUUAUGCAACGUGGCAAAACUACAGUACCCCUGAAAACUACAGUAAUUUUUUAUUAAAUCUGGUAGAUCAAGGUAAAAAUCAAUAAUUAUUGGUGCCUACAGUACCCCCCCCUCUGCGUCUCUAACUACAGUAUCCUUUUUCCAGACUAGACCCAUCGCGAUGUUUGCCCGCCAACAACACAUUUGAUCUACCGCUCGAAACGGUGUCGCUUCGAAUUGGCGCCAAAAUGCAGUGUUGCUUGUUCGACCGUAGUAUCGUGCAGGGACCCAUUCCCUAUUGGCGCCUCGAUUUCGACGAGCAAAAUGACGUGUUCUGGUUCGAGAGAGAUGACAUCAAGGCGAGAGAUGUGAGAGACGCAGACAGCGAGACAGACAGACUACAGUGUAGCCGGUUUUCGAUUGCUUUUGAUGCACCUGGGAGGAUUUUUGGAAGACUACAGGUUUGGAGAAUUACUGUAGGGCUCUGAAUUUUGAUCUACCGAAAUUUUUACAGUACCCUGAGAGGGUUACUGUACAUUUAGUUGUGAUACAGGAACCUAGAGAGAUACUGUAGCUACAGUAAUCCAGGAAAUUCUAAAAGUUACUGUAUACCUAGAGCCCACCAUUUGUGAGCUUCCGAACUACAGUAGCCCAAGGAUUACUGUAGGGCUUUGAAAUUUUUUUGGAAAUUUUCAAAAACUACAGUAAUCCCUAGACUACUGUAGAUUUUUAUUGGCUUUCAAAGUGAAUUCAGAGCUACAGUAACCCAGGAUUACUGUAGUGCCCUGAAAUUGUGGCUACAGUAACUUAGAAUAGUACUGUAACUACAGUAAUCUACAGUACUCCCCCCAAAAUUCCAGGACGAUGGUUCAAUGAUGAUCUACAAUGCUCAGCUCGAAAAAUGGCUACAGUACUCGCUCGAAAACUCGUCGACAUUUGAUCUACCGCCAACUACAGUACGCGGACUACGCGAGUCAUACGGUAGAAAUGGGCGGCGCGUUGGAGCCGUCGAAUCGCCGCUCACUUUUCAUCCCGAUUCCAACGGAAUUUGUAUUGUGAAGCUGGUUAAAAAUGAUCAUAGACACUAUUUUUAUCGAAUGCAAUUGGGUGGGUUGCGGAAGGGACGCGGAAGCUUCAGAAUCUAGAUGUCAAGGGUUGGCUGCUUGUGAGCAUGAUAACCUCAAGCAGCGACGCCUUGACAGCUAAUUUCAAGGGUUGGCUGCUUGAGAGCAAUGUGCACCACAAGCAGCGACCCCUUGACAGCUAGUUUUCAGUUGUCAAGGGUUGGCUGCUUGAGAGCAUGUCAACCUCAAGCAUCCAUCCCUUGACAGCUAGUUGUCAAGGGUUGGCUGCUUGGAAACAAGAUGCACCACAAGCAGCGACGCCUUGACAGCUAGUUGUCAAGGGUUGGCUGCUUGAGAGCAGGAUAACCUCAAGCAGCGACGCCUUGAGAGCUAGCUGUCAAGAGUUGGCUGCUUGAAAACAAGAUGCACCUCAAGCAGCGGUGCCUUGACAGCUAGUUGUCAAGGGUUGGCUGCUUGAGAGCAUGAUAACCUCAAGCAGCGACGCCUUGACAGCUAGUUGUCAAGGUUUGGCUGCUUGAAAACAAGAUGCACCUCAAGCAGCGAUGCCUUGACAGCUAGUUGUCAAGGGUUGGCUGCUUGGAAACAAGAUGCACCACAAGCAGCGACGCCUUGACAGCUAGUUGUCAAGGGUUGGCUGCUUGAGAGCAGGAUAACCUCAAGCAGCGACGCCUUGAGAGCUAGCUGUCAAGAGUUGGCUGCUUGAAAACAAGAUGCACCUCAAGCAGCGGUGCCUUGACAGCUAGUUGUCAAGGGUUGGCUGCUUGAGAGCAUGAUAACCUCAAGCAGCGACGCCUUGACAGCUAGUUGUCAAGGGUUGGCUGCUUGGAAACAAGAUGCACCUCAAGCAGCGACGCCUUGACAGCUAGUUGUCAAGGGUUGGCUGCUUGAGGAUACACCUGUCAAGCAGCGGUGCCUUGACGCUAGUUUUAGUUGUCAAGGGUUGGCUGCUUGAGGAUACAUCUAUCAAGCAGCGGUGCCGCUUGUGAAGCGGAGCAAGCUUCGGUCAUCUUACAGUAGACCUAUAGUACGGUUCCAGACCACUCCUCGCAAACAUUCUCCUGUUCGCCACGUGGCUCAGUGCACCUCGAAAAAGGCGUCGAAAAAAUGUUCUACACACUGUGCUCCGAAGACAUUUUUGUGUUUUUAGGCAUUCGAACAAUUGCUGUCGUGUCAUUACAGGUAAUUUUCAGAUUUUUGGCUGAAAAUCUGAAAUUUUUGGCUGAAAAUCUGAAAUUUUUGACCUAAAUUUGCUGAAAAUCCCAGAUUUUCAGUCAAAAAUCCCGAAUUUUUCAGCCAUUCCGCCUCCAGGAUUCCGCAAUUUGGCGCCUACAAAAAAUUCCUGAACGGAAAUUUUUUGCGGAAAGAGCAAGUCAAAGAGUUGUGCAAAAUUGUAUACCGGAAUUUGUCAUAA